AUGGCUGAAAAUAUUCCCGUAGUGGAGUCGAUGGCGAUCAAUAUCGACGUUCCUGAGUAUGAAGAGUUUGUGUUAUCAUUGUCAACUGAAGAACUGGUGUCGUACGGCCUGAAAAUGGACAACGUGAUCAGCUCAAUGCAACAAGAUAUCAUCGAACGUGAACGGCGUGCUGCAGCGUUAAAAUGUAUGUUGGAUAAAAACACCGCAUUUCUGGACGAGAACCGUAAGGCGCCCUAUCUUGUGGCGAACGUUCUGGAGGUGUUGGAUAUGGAUCCACUGGAUGAUGAGCGAGAAUGUGUGGACGGCAUGGUGUUGCAGGAUUCACAACGAAAGGGCAAGUGUGCGAUUAUAAAAACCUCUACACGGGAAAUUUGCAUCCUGCCCUUAGUAGGCCUCGUGGAUUUUGAUAAACUGAUCCCAGGAGAUUUGGUUGGAGUUAAUCGGGAUACUUUCAUGAUUAUGAACAUCCUACCGAAGGAGCAUGACACACGGGUUCAGGCGAUGCAGGUGACCGAACGUCCAACGGAGCAGUACACCGAUAUCGGAGGAUUGAACAACCAAAUCCAGGAGUUGAUCGAAGCGAUCGAGCUACCCCUGACGCACAAGGACAAGUUAAUACGUUUGGGCAUUCGGCCCUCGAAGGGUGUGCUGUUGUACGGCGCGCCCGGGACUGGAAAAACACUGCUAGCGCGUGCGUGUGCCGCCGAAACAUGCGCUUACUUUAUAAAGCUUGCCGGCUCACAGCUGGUACAGAGGUGCAUCGGUGACGGUGCCAAGCUGGUAAGGGACGUGUUCGCCCUGGCGAAGGAAAAAGCGCCGACUAUCAUCUUCAUCGACGAGCUGGAUGCGAUCGGUACGAAGCGUUUCGACUCAUCCCAGGCCGGCAGUCGGGAGGUCCAGCGCACGAUGCUUGAGCUGCUGUAUCAGAUGGAUGGAUUCGAAUCGACGGACGACAUAAAGGUGAUUGGAGCGACCAACCGGGUUGACUUACUCGAUCCGGCCCUGCUACGUUCCGGGCGUCUCGAUAGGAAAAUUGAGUUUCCACACCCGAACGAUGCAGCACGGGUACGCAUCUUGCAGGUUCAUUCGCGCCAGAUGAACGUCAGUGCCGAUGUUAACUUUGAGGAGAUUGCCCGUUGUACGGAUGACAUGAAUGGGGCACAGUGUAAGGCGGUUUGCUUGGAGGCCGGUAUAAUUGCGAUAAAACGAUCGGCGGCCGUGGUUGAGCACGAAGACUUCAUGGAGGCAAUCAAUGAAGUGCAAGCGAAGAAGAAAGCUAAUUUGAAUUACUUUUCAUAG